UGUUGUAUAUGAUAAUUUAUUUAAGUUAUGGCAGUUGGCCGUCCUCAGGCUACUGCCGUGUACAAGGUAGCGGAAUAUGCUAGACGGUUUGGUGUACCGGUGAUAGCAGAUGGUGGUAUCUCAACAGUUGGUCAUCUCAAUAAAGCUUUAUCACUUGGUGCUUCCACAGUUAUGAUGGGAUCAAUGUUGGCCGGCACAUCUGAGGCCCCAGGAGAAUAUUUCUUCGCUGAUGGUGUCAGAUUAAAAAAAUACAGAGGUUAUGGGUCACUAGAUGCCAUGGAAAAACAUAGAGCUAGCCAGAGUAGAUAUUUUAGUGAAAGUGACAAGUUGAAGGUUGCACAAGGAGUCUCUGGGUCCAUUCAGGAUAAAGGAUCAAUACACAAAUUUGUCCCUUAUUUAAUAGCAGGUGUUCAACAUGGCUGUCAGUGACAUAGGUUCUAAAAGUCUGUCACAUUUAAGAUCUAUGAUGUAUUCAGGAGAGCUGAAGUUUGAAAGGAGAACAACUUCAGCACAGAUAGAGGGUGGAGUUCAUAAUUUACACUCCUAUCAGAGUACGAAUGCAGCUUAGGACUGGAUAUGGUAUGAAAAACGUCUGUAUUGAUGGAAUGGUUUGCAAAGCGGUGAUUUAUAAAUCCAUGAAAUCGAGUGCAAUCUACAAUCAUUUAUUUGUUAUAGAGGACCAUGGCUACAAAAGAUGAUAGGAUUUACCUUGGAAACAGUUUCUUUCUAAUGACUUUGCAAGUGUAUAUCUGAAUUUUGAUUAGAAAGAAGUGAAAUAUUGGUCGUGUUAAAAUAUCAUUAUAAAUUAAAAGCUGAAAUCAUUGAAAAACUUAAACAACAAAGUUUUUUCUUUGGAAAACUUGAUGAAACAUGGUUCAGAAAGAUUAUAUAAAAAUAUCAUUGAGAUUAUAGGGAGACACUGGUACAUUAUUAUACUCCUAACUUUUUUAUAUAUAUAUUCAUGUCAUUUUCCA